AUGAAUCUCAACCUCUCAGGCUCACUCAAUAUCUUCAAGCUCUUGGCCAAGCCCUCGCUCUGCUUGCCUCAUGCAACAGUCUCCACCUUCAAUGACCUACCUAUACCUCUAGACAAAGCCUUUGAGAAGCGAUGGAAGAAGCCGAGUAUUAAAGCGGUGGUCCUAGACAAAGAUGACUGCUUUGCCUACCCCGACACUAGUGAGAUACACGCGCCUUACAAGGAAAGAUUUGCCGCCCUCAGAGCCGCAUAUCCCGGCCGCCAAUUGCUCAUUGUCUCCAACACAGCCGGGGCUUUGAGCUACGACACGAGCCGGAAACUCGCCAAAGAGGUGGAGGGAGCAACAGGUGUCACAGUGCUCUCUCACUCGUCGAAGAAGCCGGGAUGUGGCAAUGAGAUCAUGGAAUACUUCAAGUCGCACCCAGAAGCUGGAGUAACUCAUCCGUCACAAAUAGCCGUUGUUGGAGAUCGCCUUACCACGGAUAUGAUGCUGGCCAACAUGAUGGGUAGCUGGGGCAUAUGGGUUAAGGACGGUGUAGUGCCGCUGCAACAGAAGAGCAUAUUUGCAAGGACUGAGCAGAAACUUGCGGCAUAUCUUGAGUCCCGAGGCUAUUCUGCGUCAGAACCACCGAAUCCCUUCGAGUGA